GCUACCGGGGCGUGCAGAGAGGUCAGAAACCAACAAGAUGUCGUUUUUAUUUGACUGGAUCUACAAAGGGUUUAGUAGUGUCUUACAGUUCUUAGGUCUUUACAAAAAGAGUGGGAAGUUGGUUUUCCUGGGCCUGGACAAUGCCGGCAAAACAACUCUUCUACACAUGUUGAAAGAUGACCGACUGGGCCAACACGUGCCGACGCUGCAUCCAACAUCUGAAGAGCUGACAAUCGGUGGGAUGACUUUCACUACAUUUGAUCUGGGAGGACAUGUACAAGCUCGAAGAGUGUGGAAGAACUACCUCCCUGCUAUAAACGGAGUCGUCUAUCUUGUAGACUGUGCAGAUCACGACAGGCUCACAGAAUCCAAGACUGAACUCGAUGCUCUUCUAGGAGAUGAGACUAUAGUUAAUGUCCCAGUGUUGGUGUUGGGUAAUAAAAUUGACCGCCCUGAGGCCAUCAGUGAAGGAGGACUAAGAGGCGCUUUUGCUCUUGAUGGUCAAGUUACAGGAAAGGGAAAUGUCUCCCUGAAGGAGCUGAAUGCCCGACCGCUGGAGAUUUUCAUGUGCAGCGUGUUGAAAAAGCAAGGCUACGGGGAAGGUUUCAGAUGGUUAUCACAGUACAUCGACUGACACGCCGGAUUGAAGUGUAACCAGAGGGGAUUUUUCUUGACACGUUUUCACAAAGCAUGACAAAGACUUCGAGCCUUUGAUAGUGUCACUCAGCCCAAAAUUCAAACAGCAUAAUGAAGAGCAUAUUUUCUUUUGAAUACUUCAAGCAUUUAUUCAGGAUUUAAAGGUUUCUAUGCAAACUUUUAAAAAGUGGUUCAUGGUGAACUGUCUGUCCUUUCUGUGUUAUUAAUGUGAAAUCUGUAUGAAAUGUAAAUGAGAAGUCAUACAUUAUGCAACCAUGUAGAUAUGUACAUAUCCGUGUUGCUUUAUUUAUUAUGGAACAGACUGACAGCCCUUUACUGGAUUCAUUAGGAACUGAGCUAUCUAAAGAAUUAAGUUAGUCGUUAUUUCGUUGGGUAUUUUAAAGCUUUUCUGACAUCAUAUAAAUAAGGUCAGGUUGAGAUUUUUAAAAAAAAGAUAAAUAACUAAACACACAUGAUUAAUUUAAUUUAAUAGAAGCCACUGCCUUCAAAGCACAGAGCCAAAGAUGUAUGGUAAUUACUUAAGAAUUACGAGGGGAAAGAAUUAGACUGCACAAAAGAUUUCUUUCACACUGAGUCAAAACAAAAUCAUUCGGAAAUGAAUCAAAAAAAGGAGAAAAGACAGAACAUCGCACAAAUACAGGCAAAACGGAUGGAAUUAAUUGAGCCAGAUGAAGCCACUCACUGAUGAGUUUUGAUAAUCUGCACCUCAGUGUCAGUGUCAUGAUGGAGUUUGUUCAGUGCUGUUUCAUGUUGCGUUGAAGGCAGCUAAUAUGAGGUGUGUUAGUUUGACUAAAAUAAUUCUUCAUUUUGAGUUUUGAUAACUCAGAUGAAACCUUAAACAGGCUGUUCUUGUUUUAUUAUAAUAUGAAGGAAGUACCGAUGCAUUUCCCUUAAAACAGCAGAUAGUGGAAUGGCCAACGGUAAUGUAGAAGAGACAAUCUAACUCCACUCUUUAUGAGUAAUAACAACCUUAUUUACGAGCCUGUUCAUGAACACCAACUCUUAAUAUUGUUUUUUAUUUAGUUCCUUAUUCUAUUCUGAGCAAUAUGGAGAAAUGGAUUCAGCUUGUAGCAUGGUUGAGUGCUGCAGGCAGAAGGUGUGCUUUUUGAUUAUCUGUAAAGAUAUGAGAGUGCACUUUUAAACUUUAUUUGUGAAAAAUUAAAAUUGUGUUUUAAUCUUAUGGAUUCCAACAUAUUUUUGUCCUUUGCGCCCUUUUAUGUGAACAUGCAUAUUUUUAUGGCCUGUAUCCUUAUUUUGCUAAACUAGAAAUGUUUAUGGGGAACAGACACUUUUAUCUGUUUUGUGCAUCACUUGUUUACGGACAACAUUUCUGUUUUUGAAAAAUGCAGGUAUAACUGUAACUAAGAUUAGAAGAUAUGAAACUGAUUUAUACCAAGAGUGUUGGAGAGUAUGCAUGCAAACAAACUGCUUUUCCUUUUAGAAGUGUUCUGUGCCAGUAGCACAACUCCUGUAAAUGAUGUAUAACACAGUUGUAAAUGUUUGUACAGUGGCUGUCCUUUAGCUGUAAUAAUAAUGUAUGUGAGUUAUUUAUAACUGAAUAUAAAUUUAAAUUAUUUAUAUGUAGCACUGGCCUGUGCAAAUACUUUAAACAUGAAAACAACAUCCACACAUUAUGAUAAAGCUAUUUGAUGAGUGUUUAAGUGUUGUAAUAAAAUCAACCUCUUUUGGA